CUCACAGGCAAGGGCGGAAGGAAGAAUGGCGGAGUUCCGACAGGCCAAGCACACCAUCAUCCUGGUGCAGUACACGCGCGACCCGAACUCGCGCACGUACCUGGACUUCGAGUCGGUGAACGGCGGCAUGGACGGCGUGGUCAAGAUGUACGAGGCCAAGCUCAAGCAGCUGAACCCGAACCUGAAGAACAUCACGUACGACAUCCAGGACCUGUACACGUACAUCGACUCGCUCACGGACCUCACCGCGCUCGUGUUGGACCUCGAGACCAAGACGUACCUGCCCUGCGGCAAGGAGUGGAUCAAGAAGAAGGUCUUCCAGGUGCUCAAGAACCAGGCCGGCUAAGCUGCAUAUAAGGAGGAAGGGAGGGGUUCCACCCCACCCGCUACGUGGUUGAUAACAAUGACGCACUGCAAAGGUUGUUCUUCUCU